AUGAAACUUACACAUGCUAUAUUAUUUUUAUUAUUCACUUCUAUUUAUGGAAGUCGAAACUUUUUGAAAGUAGGAAAUGAAUAUGUUUAUCGAUUGAAUAGUUUCACAUAUUCUGGACUUCUGACUUCUAUAGAUACUGAAACUGCGAAAUCUCGAAUUGAUGCGAUUAUCAAGAUCCAAGUUCAUGAUUCUGAAAACAUUGCCUUAUUUGUUGAAGAUGUUGAGAUAUCAUCCAAUGUAAAUAAUCAAAAAUCCAAUAUUUCUUCUGAUACUAACUUAUUUCUCUUGAAACCUGUAUUUGCAAAAAUGGAUCAAGGAUUUAUAUAUAAUUUGUAUUUCAAUAUUGCAGACACAGAUUGGUCAAAAAAUUUCAAAAGAUCUAUUUUGAACAUGUUUUCGAUCGCAGAGCAAAAAUCAGUACAGUUGCUUUAUGAAUCAUUUUUUCUCAACGAAAAAACUAUCGAGGGAGAUUGUCAAGUCGUUUAUACAAUAAAACAGAAAAACAAUGAUACAAUUAUCAAUAAAUCUGUGAAUUUUGAUGAAUGUAUUGGUCGACCAGAAAUAAUAUAUGGAAAUCAAAAUAUUGAAAAAUCACAUCCAAGAACAGAUUAUACAUUCACACUGAAUAAUGGAUUAUUGAAGCGUGUGGAAUUUCAAUCUAUUUAUAUUCAUAAAAUGAAAACUGUUACGUACUCUCGUCUUGUUCAUAUGAAAACCAGACAAAUUGAGAGCAAAUUCAGAAGGGUUGGUUACUCAAAUCUUUUUUCUUCCCAAACAUUAACUGUUUCAGGUCAAUCUUAGUGAAGAACCAGAAGAUCUUGUUUAUUUGCCAAGUUAUGAAAGAUCGGUUGAAGAUUUUUAUAAGAAUGGAGAUGAUGCAAAAAUCAAUCCUUUCAAAUGUAUUUCUAUUGAUGAAAAACUGAAUAUUCUCAACAAAACUAUUGAAAAGUUCGAAAAAGAUGAAUCUCAUCAAUUGGUUGAUCUUGUAAAUUUGCUGCAAUCUUGCACUUUUGAACAAUUAGAAGACAUUUAUGAUAACAUACGUGGCAGAAACAAUAAAAAAGGUGAGGAAAUAUUUGAAUUUAUGUUUCAUAGAUAUUUCUAGAUGAAAGAAAUUGCUGAAAAUGCAUUUGCGAUAGCUGGAACAAAGAAUACUAUUGAAUAUUUGAUAUUUCUGAUUCACAACAACAAAUUUAAUUCAUUGAGAUCUGUGGAAUUAUUAAAAAUCAUUCAAAGCACUAUUUAUCCAUCAAUGAGGAUUGCCGAUUCUUUAAUUGAAUUGGCAAAAUCAAAAGUUUCAGAAGAUUCUGAAAGUAUCCAACAAGCGGCAUGGUUGGCUUCGAGUAUUGUUGUAAAUGGUAUUGUCACACAGAAAUAUCAUCUUUUGAAUGAAAAUACACCAGAAAUGCAGGAAAAGUAUUUUGAUCAAUUUUUGAAACUUAUCCAAGAUUCCGAUAAUAGUUAUUCACGAAUUUUGGCAUUGAAAGUUCAUGCAAACGCUGGAUUGACAAAUUCAGUGCAUCUUUUUGCUCAAGUAAUUGAUGAUGUUCGAGAACCAAUUUCAGUUCGACAAGAAGCUAUUGAAUCAUUACGAAAUAUUGGUGAUAUUAUUCCACUGAAAAUAAUUAAACUAUUAUUUUCAAUUUAUCGAAAUCACAAAAACCCAACACAACUUCGAAUUGUUGCAUUGAAAGUGAUAAUGAGCACAAAACCUACAAAAUCGAUGCUUGAAAAAAUUGCAAAGUUCACGGAAACUGAAUCAAACCAACCAGUAAAGUACUUCACUUCCAAUUUGCUGAAUCAGAGAAAUAUCACAGUGAAUUGUUUGGAUUGCCAACCUUAUUCAAUCGAGUCAAUAAUACAAUAUUUUGCACCUGGCGUCAACUUCAAUUCAUGGAUACUCGAAACCGUUUACACAAAAAUUCCAAAACAACUACAUUUACAAUUGAAAAAUAUGGAAUUUGGGUUUUCGCAGAAAAAUUUGGAUCAAUAUUUGAACUAUUUUAUUUCGAAAUAUGAACGACAUAUAUUGUCACCAGAAGCUUAUGAAAGAUUGGAGUUAUUGAAACAGUUUAUUAAAUUUGUGAAUAAUGGAUUUGAAAGUGAUGUAUUUCAAGAACCUUCGAUUUCUGGCUAUGUGAGAUUGAAAAGUAUGAAUUUCUUAUUAGUUCCAAUUAAUCGAGAAAUUAUCGGCAAGGUAUUGCGGAAUUUUGUGAACAACGGUCUAAACUUCAAUGAGAAAUUCGACUUGCACAAAAAUUUUGCGGGAUAUUUUCACGAAACUGAACGAAUUAUUCCAACAACUUCUGGAUUUCCGAUCACAAUUUCUGAAAAGUUGCCAUUUUUCUCUUAUAUGCAAUUGAAAAUGAAUAACUCAGAAUUUGAUGUUAAAUUAUCUAUCAGAGCUAUCGAUUCGAUUGAAAUGAAAAUGAGAAAUGUUUUCAAUACACAAGGAGUAAUAUUCAACAAACAACUCACUCUUGAUCUACCUCUUAGGUUCAGUUUUCGUUUCAAAAAAUUAUUUGCACAUGAAAUUCAUACAACCUUGAACAUCCCAACAAAUUAUUCGGCUGAAUUCCAAUUGUCAGAAUGCUCCAAAGUAUUCAUUGGAGAAGAUAAAAAUAUUUCAAUUAUAAGCCAAACAAAUAGCAAUACAAGAUUGGAAGACGAUGAAAAACAAAUAUUCAAAAUUUUUGGAAUGGAUAUGAUUACAUAUUGGAGUGAUAAAAGACUCGCUAUUUUUAUUGAUAAUAUGAAUCAAGCAAUUGAAAUGAGAACUAUUGUUGCUCUGACACACAAACCAUUUGAUAUUCAACAUUUUAUAACAGCAAUAUGUCGAAGAGCAAGAGAAAAUCCAUUUAAUCUGAAAGUUGAUGAUCUGAAAAAUUUUGCAUAUGAAUAUACAGCAUCCAUAACUAUGACAACAUCAGUUGGGCAUAAAAUGAUUCUGAAAAUUAUCAAUCAUCGUGAUAGUUCUGACAAAUACUCGUUAUGGGAUAUUGAUUUUCAUCGAUUAUAUAUGCGAUAUGGUUAUAAAUAUAUUGUUAGCAACCUCAAAUCAUCACUUCUUAUAACUGGUUCAACACUAAACAUGAACACAAAAUGGGACAGUACUCCACAAUGCUUACCGAAUUAUUUGAAUAUUUAUGGAGAACUAGAUCAAACCUCAAAUAUCAAAUUAACUACUGAUGUUUUGAAUCAACUCCGAAUUGUGGCAAAUUAUAGAUUUGAAGAGACAACUAGAAAUCGACUUGGAUACUUUUUUCCCAGAUUUCCAGAUUGGUACACUAUUGGGGAUAAUCAAGUUCAUGCCAAUUUUACUGUCGAUCCAACAAAACGCAAUGUGGGAUAUUUGACGACUAGAAAUUGUUUCACUGCAAACAAUUUCACAUUCCAAAUUCCAAUCGUUGAUCUUCCCACCAUUUCUAACCUGAAAAAUCCAAUUUGUGAAUACACUUUGGACAAACUUUAUACAUUUAAUGAACAUAUUUUCACACCUCCACAAACUACAUGUUAUUCUGUUGUGACUGGAAUUGAUGGAAUGUUUGAAGUUUCUGUGAGAAAAGAAUAUAAGAAUAUGGAUAAUAUUAUUGUGAAAGUCGAAAUCGUUGAUGAAGAAAUUAUUUAUUUAUUAAAAGUUCAAGACUUUUUCUCGGUCAAAAAAGGCAACAAAAUCCUUUCAAUAACGAAUUAUGCAGAAAACAGGUAAUUUUUAUUUUCAUAUUUAACAAAACAUCAAGGUUUCCCUUUUCAGAAUAAUCCUAGCCAACAAUCGGUUGAUCUUUGACAUUCAUCACUGUGUAUUAGAAUUUGACGGCCAAAAGUUGAGAAUUAAAAUUCGCCCAAAUCUUUUGGGUGGAUAUUCGUUGAAUGGAAUGUGUGGAGAUAUCGAAGAUCAAGUGAGUUCUCAGAAAAAUUAUCACCACUAAACCAAAAUAAAUUGCAGAAUUCAAAUGAAUAUUUUGUUGAAAAAUAUCACAAUGAUCUGAAAAUUUUCGCAAAAGAAACAGAAGAUUGUGAUAUUUCCAAGAAUCAUCAUACAACACAUACAUCUCUUGACUAUGAGGAAUAUGAUAUGAAAAGUAAGUUCUUCAUUUAAAAAAAGGUUACAAUGGCCAGAAAAAACUGAUAAUCAGUAAAUUUUUGAAAAAAAUAUAUUUCAGCAUUCGAAUAUCGAACUGUUGUCCGAGAAUUUGCAUACAAAACUUGUUUUUCAAUCGAAGCUGUUCCAUUUUGCCCGAAAAACUACAUUGCCUUUGAUUUCCGACGAGAAGAAAUCAAGUAUACUUGUUUUUCAAGAAAAGAAACAAGAACUCGAGGAUUUUUGAAUGACAUCAAGACUGGAACUGUUCUAGAAUUCGAAGAUCCUUCUAUUUCGUCAGUUGAAAUGUUCUCAAUGCCUUUGAAAUGUGUUUAUAACAGUUGA